ACUGGAUUUCCAUACAAUCCGUAAUUUGUUACAUCAUGGCCGGUGUUUUGAAAACUUUAAAAGUUUUAUUUUUUGGGUCAGACGAUUCUGAAGAAGAAGAGUGUGACAGUGAUAAUGAAUGGAUUAAGGAUUCUAAUCAGUCAAUCAUCAAACAGCAAAAGCAAGCGCAAGAUGAUAAAAUAGCACACUUUAAAUCAGAACGGUCCAGAAGAGAGAAGAGAAUCCGUACUGGAUCAAAAAUGCCGGGCAAACGUAAACCGAGGACGAGGCGGACCAGCUGGAGCCAAUUCACGACGGAAAAUGAGGAGACUCAGGAGGGAUGUGAUGUGCAAAAUAUACACAGAGUCCAGAGUUUGCAGGACAUUUCUAACGAUGAGUUGCCUUCGAGACGUUCAUUCUCAUCACUUUUUCAUCCAGUCCAUUCAAACUCAUUUUCAAACAGUCAAGUCCAGCUGGAUACUGGAUACUCUUACAGUGAUAAAACAUCGUCCGAUACGGAAGAACUGGAAUCGUGCAGUGGAGAUUCAGAGUCUGCUGAAGAUGAAGACUAUUACGUUGAGGAAGAAGAGAGUGAAUCUUUUCAGCCAAGAUCUUUUACGAUUCCAAAGGAAGACAGUAACAAGACAAAAUUUGAGGACAGUUGUGCAUAUUAUGAAAAGAACGAAAAUGAGGAAGAGGACAUCUUACAACAGGAUAUGAUGAAGUAUGGCUUAGACCUACCUGAAAGCGAAGAAUCGAGUCACAAAGGUAAAAAGAAGCCAAAAUUAUACGAUGAAUUUUUGCCAACUGAUCAAUUAGAAAAGAUGCUACGGUCAAAUACACAGCGUUACAAACGUUGUAAAGUUUCUAUUCAGGGAGCACAUGUAGCUCAGUGUACAAACCUUGACGUUAGAGAUGAAUUAAAAGAAAUUGAAAUUUCAGGAAGAUCAAAGGCGGGAAAGGUGUUUGAUGGAGAUAUUGUGCUAGUAGAGAUUUUUAACUACGAAAAAUUUACAAAAACGGUCAUUCAAAGACUGCAGCGAGACAUUAAUAAGGACAACAGGUCACAGAGAAUCUACGGCAAAAUUAUCGGUAUUUUUGAGAGGAGAAAAGCCAGAGAUAUUGAUCAUCCAGUUUUUGUAUGUACUGUAGAUGAUACAGCAUAUUAUUUAAUGAAACCUGUCUGCAGAACAGUUCCAAAAAUUCAUAUUGACCAUGACAAGCAGAAGAAAUACAUAAUUCAGGUGUAUAAGUAUGACACAAGGUCCUCAAAUAUUGAACCUGACUACGAAUUUCGAAUCGACCCUGGGAGAAAGUCGUCUUUUGUCUUCCUGGUAGUGUAUUUGUCCUGGUCUAGCUUGUACCCAAUGGGCGCUGUGAUAGACGUUAUCGAAAUUGAAGAAAGUUACCAAUCUGCAAUGAAAAUUCUUCGACUUCAAAAUCAAGUGCCAGAGUAUUAUCAAAAAGAAACCGUUGAAUAUACAAAGAAACUGAUUGAUGAUAUACAAGAACCCAGAAGAAUAAUGAAUGAGGAGGAACGUGAAGAUUUAUCUCAUCUCAGGGUCUUUACUAUUGACCCUGAAGGAUCGCAGGAUAUUGAUGAUGCUCUCAGCAUAGAAAAAGUCGGGGAUAGUUUUGAAAUAGGAGUUCAUAUUGCUGAUGUAAGCUUGGUCGUGAAAAAAGAUGAUCAAAUUGAUUUGGAAGCUCAAGAAAGAGCUUGUACAUUCUAUCCCGGCCAAGGAAUGAAUCCUUACCACAUGCUCCCGGAACCUUUAUCACGGGACAUUUGUAGUUUACGUCCAGGGGUUAUGCGGCCAGUGUUGUCUGUAAUGUUUAUAAUGACCAAAACGGGUCAUAUCGAGAAGCAAUGCGUUAAGAAAACAAAAAUUAAAUCCUGUAAAAAAUUUAAUUACGAAGAAGUUCAAAAAAUUAUAGACAGGGGAGUAAGUGAAAGUGCCUUAGAGAGUGACAUUCUUCAGCUUUUUGAAAUAGCUAAAACAAUACGUGCAAAAAGACCUGGUGCAGGAUUUCACGCGUUCCCCGUAGAAACGAAACUGAAUGACAACGAGGAAUCAGUUUUGAAUUCAAGGGAGGCCCAUUAUCUUGUUGAGGAGUUCAUGGUUUUAUCAAAUACAUACGUUGCUGGAUAUCUAAGAAGCCGAUUUCCAAAAGUUAUUCCUCUCCGUUGUCAAGCUGCCCCAUCUGUAGAAAUUCUGAACAAAUGGAAAGAUCAAAACUAUCCAUUUUUGCACAUGGUAUUUCGCCUUCAGAAUAUUAUUCCAAAUGCAGUUCCUGGAGGUGAUAAGAUUGACCUUAAUUCUCUUGGACCUUUUCGGUAUACAAGGAUUAUGCCUGUUCAGAAGUGGGUAUGGGAAAAUAUAAUUGAUGCAGUUAGGGGUAAAGACAUUCAAUCAGCAAUACAAUAUUUAUGUACUGAUGAACUACAUCCUAGCCAGUGUUUGGCAUUAGAAGAAUGGAUUUCUUUCCAGGAGAGUGCUUCAUACAAAUGCAGUGGGACCCUGAAUGAUCAAAGAGAAGGGAUGCAUUUUUCUUUGCAACGAAUGAUGUAUGUACAUUUUACAUCACCAAUAAGGAGAUACCCUGACAUUAUUAUCCAUCGCCUACUUCAUGCAGCAAUCGAUAAUAAAAAAUGUCCAUAUUUAGAAUCAGAGGUUGAUAUUCUGUGCCAAAGUUUAAACGAUGUCAUUCGAAGAGCAAAGGAUUUUCAAAAGCAAUGCAGGUUGCUGACUUGGGGAUUUAGAUUAAAGCAGUGUCCACAAAUCCUGCACGGUUUUGUUCAGGAGGUAUCUGACAGGUCUGUUUCAAUUGUUUUACCUGGAUUCAGAAGUCUUCCUCAGAUAUGCAAGGAAAUUGAGUUAAACCUUUUACACGUAUUCGAGAGGCCAAAAUUUGAUAAAGAUACAACAACAGGAGAUCUUAUCAUGACGCUUAACUGGCUACUACGCAUUUAUGAUGUGUCAGGCAAACCAAACAGAGACGAGCGUAAAGCCCAGAGACUACACUGGUUGUCAGAGGAGGCUAGAAAAGAAGUUUGCAAGCGAAUAAAUCCUCAUGCUAGAACAAAGUUUGUUCUUCAAGAGAGAUGGAAAGAAAUAUUACUUCAGGUGGUUCGUGGAGAAUUCCAAAAUCUGGAAUAUAGUAUCACAGGUCCACAAGGGAAAACAUCUAGACCGGGAAGUAAAGGGGAAAUGGAUGAAGAUCUCCAUAAUUAUGUACCUGCCUGUAAAGAUACAAUAAUUGAUCACUCAUCCGAAGUUGAAGAUGGAGAAGUGAUUCGACAGGCGUGCAGAUUUUCAAUGUCCUUGUCUCGAGGACAAGUAGUUUGCGUGCAAAUUACUGCAGAACCACAAAAAGGGGUUCUUGUACCAUCCUUGCAAUUGCUUGAUAUGACCAAAAACAUUAAACAUUGCUUGCAACACAGCCGCGACCCAAUUAAGUUCCUAUCCAAAUAUUCGAUACACAAAACUAAAACAAAAUAUCAAUCAGUAGUUGACUACCUCAAAAUAUGGUUACCAAUUAUUGAAAUGGAGGCUGUAACAAAUGCAGCGCAUGACGAUUCUCCAAUCAUCAAUGGAGUGGAUGUCUUCAUGGAGCCCUGUCGAAGAGGAUACUUUGUCCUUGAUCAUUAUUUUUGUGAACAGAGAGACAUUGAUUUCAGUGCAAUGUCGCCAGAAUUUAUUCUUGUGGGUAAAAAUGAGAACAGAAACGAGGAUAUUACGAAUACUGAUUUCUUAUGCAUAAGAUCUGAACAUUUAACGAAUAAGACCAACGAAGAAAGGAAAACUUCAUCCGUGGACCCAAAUUACCGUUUUCAGUGGGUUCUUCAUGGACAGAUUAACAUGAUAGAAAAAAUCAUGAAAUCUAAACCUCAGCAGAAAGAUUCCUUGGAGAUAGAGACGGCAGAUAGCGAUGGAAAGAAGCGACCAGUCGUGGACAAGUAUAAGAUUCACUUUAAGCUUCAUAAGGAAAGCAAUGAUGCAUCAAAUGAAAUGAUGCUUACAGAAAAUGGAUUUCCAAGCUGUGUAGAGCUGGUACAGAAAUCUGAAACAGAAACUCGGAUAGAGGCUGUUUUAAAAUGCCUUGGGAAAUCCAGCACUUUAGCACAAGCAAUAGCUUUACAGAGGUCACCGCCAAAAUUAGAUAGUACAUAUUUUGAACAAGCCAAAAAUGUACAUAUAGAAAUAGAUUUGCCAAGCAUUGAACCAAGUAAUGUUUAUCAAACGCAGGCCAUCAGGAAUUCUUUAACCAAGAGCUUUAGCCUUAUCCAUGGACCUCCUGGCACAGGGAAGACCUACACGGGAAUAAAGUUAGUGUAUCUGUUCGAUAUGAUAAACGAUAUGCUCAGAGCAGAUGGACAAAAGCAUCAACAAGUUGUCUUCUGUGGACCCAAUAAUAAAUCGGUGGACCUUGUUGCAAGGUGGAUAUUGAAGAAAUUUGACGAUUUAGCGCCCGAUAUGAUACGUUUGUAUGGCAACUCUCUCGAAUACAAAGAUUACCCUAUGCCAGGAAAGCACUAUACAACGUCUGCCUCAGCGAAAGAAAAUCGACCAGAUCCUCAGCUAAAAGAAGUAUCGGUCCAUCAUCUCAUUCGUCAAGAAGGAAGUCUUUAUGCCACCGAAAUAAAAGACUUCGAUGACAAAUUCGAACUUUUUAGGAGAGAUAAAAGCUAUAAACCCACUAUUAAAGACAUUAGGCGAUACAAGCAUAUAACUAGUGAAGCAGCACAAGAAGAAUUGACGAAACAUGACGUCAUCUUCUGUACCACUGCCGUCACAACCAGUCCACGGUUCAUCAAGGGUACGAGGGGGAAAGUUUUCCAGUUGAUUAUUGAUGAGGCAGGAAUGUGUACGGAGCCUGAGAGUGUUGCGGCCAUCAUUGCUACAAAGGCAAAACAAGUUGUGUUAAUCGGAGAUCACAAACAGCUUAGUCCUGUGAUUUGUUCCACUCAUGCAGCUGAGCUAGGAUUAGAUGUUUCACUUUUUGAACGUUUUGCAAAUUUGGCAACAAUGCUGAGAUACCAGUACAGAAUGCAUCCAGCAAUAUGUGAGUUUCCCUCAACUCACUUUUACGAUAAAAAGUUGAUUACCAAAAAGUCUUCAAAGUGGAAAUCUAAGACUCCAUUAAAUAUUUGGAUAAACAAGAAUAAACCAAUCAUAUUCUGCCACGUGGAGGGAGAAGAAGACUAUCUCACUGUUUCUACUGAAGAGGGAAAUGAACAGUCCUGUAGCAACAAACAAGAAGUAGAUCACGUGAUUAAAGUGUUUGAAUACCUGGUGAAGUACGAGAAGAUCAAUCCAAGUAAUAAACAGGUCAUCAACAUCAUGUCACAGUACAACGCACAAUGUACAAGAAUAAGGAAAGCUCUUCUGGAAAAGAAGUACAUUAAUAUCAACGUCAACACUGUUGUUGCUAGUCAGGGUGGGGAAUGGGACUACGUCAUUUUCAGCACGGCUCGGUCUCUACCAGAUUACCGAAUUGAGCAAUACCCAACCCUGGGGUGGUGUAAGCAGAAUCUGGGCUUUAUAACGGAUGAACAUCAGAUCAAUGUCGCUUUGACCAGAGCAAGACGAGGGCUCAUUAUCAUUGGGAACAAACAUCUUUUGUCAUGUGAUCGUGUAUGGAGGAAUCUGAUAAAACAUUACGCCCGUUUUGGCUGUGUAACGGAUGUAGACCACUUCCCUCCACCUCCCCUGAUAACGAAGAGACGGCGGCGGAGGUCACACCGAGAAAGUCUGGAGUCAGAAGAAGAUUUCUACCGCGGAACUGAUCGCCAGCUUAGUAUGGUAGAUGAAGAAAAUGAAUGAAAUUACUACUAGUGCAAUAUGAUAAAGAAAACGCCAGAUUUAUAAUAUGUUAUUGGUUUGUUUUACUAUUUUCAUUUGCGAGCUUUCAGUUUAACUGUGAUACUGAAGUUUUCUUGAUGCUGAUUUUUCUUUAUAAAAACCAUUGUUGUUGCUCUUUUUGUGAUAUUUUGUUAUUCAAGUGUUAUAUAAGUCAAAUAUGCAUUGAAUAAUGAAAAUGUUUGAUGUUUAUUAUGUUGCAGGUUGUCCACUGCUCUAAAAUUCCAAAAAUGUAUUCUAUCAUUUACUUCUGCUAAGAUUCCUGAGUUUGGAAUAAAGAAGAAAUGUUAACAUUUUCUGACUUUACCCUCAAAUUUCACCUAACAUUUGAUUUUGUCCUUAAAGCUCGCCGCAUUUUUCUAAAGAGUACUGGAUAGCCUGAUGUUUUGAUAAGAUUAUAAAAGUCUCUCAUAUUAAACAUGAAAGUGUGUGUUUAUAAGUUUUUCACACUUUGUAAUUCAUUAAAGCGCGGUCAUCUUCAUGAAAUUAUAAUUAUUACACCUUUCCUGAGAUAUGGUUUAACUGAUUUUUUAAUCUUUAAGAUUAAACAUUAUAUUAAAAAAUGUAAAGGAAUAUCUACAUUGUGCUUAUUUUACUUUUUGACAAUCAUUUAAUUACCUCUUUUAUUUCGCAGUAUUUUGUAU